AUGUGCAUACCUAACGGUCUUAAAAUUGGAAUGUGCAUUGACUUACUCAAGAAGCACUCAAUAGAUGACAUCAAACUACCAGUUGGUCGACUCACUCUCCGUAAAAUAUUCGGACUUAGAGUCCCCGAUCUUUCCAGUCGAUUCUUCAAUUUUCAGUGGCGCUCUUGUACAAACUUGUUUGAAGUUGGUUCAAAUAGCCACUUGGUGGAGAAUUCCUCAAUCCCUAUUUACAAUCAAAAGCUUGUCAACAAAGGUGCAAUCGCCGAGCUUUACAGAAUAGAGGUCCUCGAAGAAUUCGUCGAUCAGCAACUACAAGCAGUCGCUGGCGAUGCACGUGGUGAAGGUUUCGAGGAGGUGGUGAGUGACAAUGGGCUGUAUCUACGGAUUUCCCACUCGAAGUACGGCGAAUUGUGGCGAUAUAAAUUACUGACGUUUCCCUUCAAUUUAGGUAUAUGUACUUGCUUUGAAAACUUUUCCUGAUAAGGAAAAACGUUUCUAUGCUGAUGAGCAGGCAGCUCAUGAGCUACUUCAAGGCCAGAACGGUAUAGUGAAGUAUUACGGAAACUAUAGCACGUUUCAACCCUCGUCGGAUCUUGGAACUCUAGUGGAUGCCAUCAAGCAAGCUACCUCGCACGAUAUGCUCUUCGAAUACGGAGAACUUGAUUUAGAAGAAUAUUUCAUCCACAGAGCUCCUCCUAAAUCUCCGGGAGAAAUCAACAAAUUCUGGUCGAGCCUCUUUAAGGUUGCUGACGCAUUGGCGGCUCUACAUAAUUUAAAAACGCCAGGACUAGGGAAUAACGAUAGUGUAGAGUACCAUGGGUAAGAUUGUUCGGCUACUGAAAUUAUGUUCUGACUCUCUCAGAUGGCAUGCCAAUAUUACACCCUCCAACAUUCUUUUUAUACAGGAUAACUUUAAGCUGGGAGAUCUAGGCUUCGCUCGCUUCGUGACGAAAGCCGACCAUAACCCCAAAGAGGUAAUGACUGGUGGCACAGUGACAUACGGCAAGUUUGUUCCCUCAAACCCCAAUGUAAGAUCACUAAUUCUUUUUUGAAGCUGCCCCUGAGCAAAUCAGGUCGAUCGUCAAUCAUGGAGUUGCGGUAUCUCAAAAUAUCGACGUUUGGUCACUUGGAUGUGUCUUAUCAAUUGCUGUAACCUGGAUGGUUUUCGGUCAUUCAGCUGUUAUAGAGUAUCAAAAUCGCUGUCAACGCAGCAUUAGACACUUGAUCGAAAAAACCCUGUUUGAUGAAAAUCUGCGAAACUCCACUCUUGAACUAUGGCCUGGCGAUUAUUUUCACAAUGGCAAUGCAGUUUUAGACGAGAUUACAGAAUGGCAUAAUAUAUUACGGGGAAAUUGCCACGAAUCCGAUGAAAUUACCAUCAGUUUGCUCCGCUUGAUCGACCAGAAGUUGCUAGUGGAGGAUACGUCAAGAAUUACAGCUGUUGAACUCUCUUCAGAAUUGGCGGAUAUGCUAGACAGCACAGUCAAAGGCCCAGUGGUUUCACCAACAACGGAAGAACCAGAAACCAAGGUCGAAAACAUUCUUUUGGACUCUGCAAUUCCAAAAAGCACAACGCCUCAACACACUAAAAGCAGUUUCAGAACUGAACCUCCCGAACACACAAGUGAUGGAGUCGGACCGUACAGCUGGCAAUACUAUCCCAGCUAUCUUGUGACUUUCAAGCUCUUCAACCAGUUUCUUGUACAAGUAUUUGGCCAGAUGGACUUUGGCAUACAUGUAGUUAUCCAGACAAAUGUUUUGUCCCCUUUUACUAAUUCUUUUACAGUUGAACAAUGAUAAAUUUGGAUUUCGGGUGCCUAGACCACUAACAGAGGUAAAUCAAUACUGA